GUCUACGUCGUUUCGUUCGCCAUUAAUUGCCCAGCCAUUAUUCGUGUACGUUGUUAGUAGGUUUUCGUUUAUAAUUUAUACUCGAGGCCUAUCUAAUUUAUUAGUUCAAUUUUUAUUCAAUUCAAAUCGUUCAUAAACCUUUGUAAACCGUCCUUACAAAAGCAAAAUGGCCGAAGAAUUGGAUGUAGAGGCUAUGCUGGAAGCUCCGUUUAGAAAAGAUGAUGAAGUCAAUGGAAAAUCCAAGGAAAAUGGAGACCUGCGAAGCAGUCGCACCGCCGACAGGAAGAGGCGUCGCAGCACGAGCAGGAAUCGCAGGAGCGCCAGCCGCACGAAGAGGAGCAAAUCGAAGGAGAAACGACGCGUCAGCAGGGACAGAAAACGCAGCAGGACGCCCGAAAAACGCAGAAGAUCGAGGGACAGGCGACGGUCUCGUUCGAAAGACAAGCGAAGCCGCUCGAAAGACAAACGCAGCGGAUCGAAGGACAGGCGCAGCAAAUCCAGAGACAGAAGGCGACGAGACAGACGUAGCAGAAGCAAAGAACGCAAGCCCAGUCCCAAAAGACGGUCGCCGUCUCCUCCCGUUAAACCUCAGUUUCCUAAAAGAAAUCGCUCUCCGCUCGGCUUGAGGGGCGCCUCGCCUUUGGAAGAGCUGAGUCCCGAGGAAAGGGACGCUCGAACGGUGUUUGUCAUGCAGUUGUCGCAACGGAUCAGAGCCCGCGAUUUGGAAGAUUUCUUCAGCGCCGUCGGGAAAGUGCGAGACGUCAGAAUGAUCGUUUGCAAUAAGACUAGAAGAUUCAAAGGUAUCGCUUACAUAGAAUUUAAAGAUCCCGAAAGUGUGGCGCUGGCUUUAGGCUUGUCCGGACAAAAACUUUUGGGCAUUCCUAUAAUCGUGCAGCACACUCAAGCGGAGAAGAAUAGAAUGGGAAAUGCCAUGCCGAAUAUGCUUCCCAAAGGCAUGACCGGUCCUAUGAGGCUCUACGUUGGUUCGCUGCACUUCAACAUUACAGAAGAUAUGUUGAGGGGAAUAUUUGAGCCGUUCGGUAAAAUCGAUAGCAUUCAACUAAUACAAGAUCCUGAAACGGGUCGAUCCAAAGGAUACGGUUUCAUCACAUUCCACAACUGCGACGACGCUAAAAAAGCUCUCGAACAGCUCAACGGAUUCGAACUGGCCGGUAGGCCGAUGAAAGUCGGUAACGUUACGGAACGUUUGGACCUGCAGCAACAAGGCCCGUCGAUUUUGGAUUCGGACGAGCUGGACCGAUCCGGCAUCGAUUUGGGAGCGACGGGUCGGCUACAAUUGAUGUUCAAAUUGGCCGAAGGGGCGGGUAUGCAGGUGCCCCAAGCCGCCGCCAAUGCUCUGAGUAUGGCGACCGGUCAGCCCGUCGUACCGCAAGUACAAACGCAUACGACGCCGCCGAUCGCCACGCAAUGUUUCAUGUUGAGCAAUAUGUUUGAUCCCGCAACCGAAACGAAUCAAAAUUGGGACGUGGAGAUUCGAGACGACGUGAUAGAAGAGUGCAAUAAACACGGAGGUGUGUUGCACGUGUACGUUGAUAAAGGAUCACCGCAAGGAAAUGUGUACGUUAAGUGUCCUUCGAUCGCGACGGCCGUUGCUUCGGUGAACACUUUGCACGGUCGAUGGUUUGCAGGGCGGGUUAUUACUGCGGCGUACGUGCCGCUUUUGAAUUACCAUUCGCUGUUUCCUGAUGCUAUGACGACUACGCAGUUGUUGCUGCCUUCGAAUAGGAAAUAACGUUGAAGAGGGGGAUCGAAACGUUCGCGUUUAGAAUGGAGUUUUGUUUUCUUGACUGUCUUGACAUUGUUAUAUAUGGUGGAAAUUGAUACCUUGGCGUAAACGUGUGGGGGUAUCUUAUGUAAAGAGCAAGUACUAGCGAGUCUACUUGUACGAGUGAAUUCUGUAUAUAAGUUACUAUUUUAAGU